AUGUCAAUAAUUUCUUUGAGCAGGCAUCUUUUACCAAAUCCCAUAAGUUCAAAAUUUCAAGGAAUAGGCAUGUUCUCAGAAGAUGGAGAAUAUUUAGACUUUCUAAAGCCCGUCAAUAUGGAAGGGCCAGUAGAAAUUUGGCUUUGUGAGAUUGAGACAUCAAUGAGAGCCUGCUUGAAGAAUGAAUUUAAACCCUGUCGUGCAGCCCUAAAGAAAAUGUUAAACAAGCGAGAUAAAUGGCUUAUGGAAAAUUGUGGACAACUUUGCAAUGCUUGCAGUCAGAUUCAGUGGACUACAAGUUGUACGAGGGCAUUAAUGCAUUGUAAAAUUAUGGAAAGUAAGAAACCAAUGAAAAGAUUAAGAAAGAAGCAAAAUCAAGUUUUAGAUAAAUUGUCUGAAAUGAGCAGAAAAGAUCUCAAUAGACUUUCCAGAUUAAAAGUGAAUGCUCUCAUUACUAUUGAAAUCCAUUGCAGAGAUGUUAUCGAUAAAAUGUACAAAGCAAAUUGUAUGGAUGUUGGUGCAUUCGAGUGGUUUUCACAAUUAAAAUUUUAUUGGGAUCGUGAAAUAGAUGACUGUGUUAUUAAGCAAACAAAUACCUCAUUUAGAUAUGGUUACGAAUAUAAUGGUAAUUCUGGAAGGCUUGUUAUUACACCUCUUACCGAUAGGUGUUACAUAACACUGACAACUGCUUUACACUUAUACAGAGGAGGAAGUCCUCAAGGUCCUGCUGGAACAGGAAAAACAGAAACUGUAAAAGAUUUGGGAAAAGCGAUGGGAAUGUGGGUAAUUGUGAAUAAUUGUUCUGAAGGGUUGGACUACAAAAGUAUGGGAAAAUGCUUCUCUGGACUAGCUCAGACAGGUGCAUGGGGAUGCUUUGAUGAAUUCAAUAGAAUAAAUAUUGAAGUAUUAUCUGUGGUGGCUCAACAAAUACUUUGUAUAUUAUUGGCAAUUUCACAGAGACUGAAAACGUUUGUUUUUGAAGGUAUUGAAAUAAACCUUCAACCGACUUGUGGGAUCUUUAUAACAAUGAAUCCGGGAUAUGCAGGAAGAACAGAACUACCUGACAAUUUGAAAUCUAUGUUUAGACCAAUCGCCAUGUGUGUUCCAGACAGCAUGAUUAUAGCGGAAAAUACUCUAUUCAGUGAUGGAUUUCAAACUACUAAACUACUUGCAAAGAAGCCUGUUCAGAUAGCCAUUACGAAAGUUAUCCAAUUAUACGAAACGAAAAAUUCAAGACAUUCCGUGAUGAUAUUAGGUAAUACUGGUACUGCCAAAACAGUUACAUGGAAAUCAUUGAAAGGUGCUAUGGGUCGACUAAAAAAGCUUAACAAAGCGGGAUUUAAUGUUGUUGAAGUUUUUCCUAUCAACCCAAAGGCCCUCAAUUUGGGAGAAUUAUAUGGGGAGUACAAUUUGGCAACUAACGAAUGGUUGGAUGGUGUUAUAAGCGCUACUAUGCGAACUACUUGUUCAGAUACUAGUCCAAAUGAGAAAUGGAUUUUAUUCGAUGGGCCGGUAGAUGCAGUUUGGAUAGAGAACAUGAACAGCGUUAUGGAUGACAAUAAAGUAUUGACGCUCAUCAACAGUGACAGGAUUACUAUGCCACAACAGGUUUCACUACUUUUUGAAGUGGGUGACCUAUCUGUGGCAUCUCCAGCUACGGUCAGCCGUUGUGGAAUGGUUUAUAAUGAUUACAAAGAUUGGGGUUGGACCCCGUUUGUAACAUCAUGGAUUCAGAAGCAUUCAAGAAAGGGAAAGCUUUUUCAAGAAACCGUGAAUCGUUUUUUUGUCGACUUAAUGGGAACAACUUUGGAAUUUCGUCGUUUAAAUUGUCAAAGCAUAAUGAACUUUUCCGAGCUGAACUUGGUUGAUACAUUAUGUAAACUACUCGAUAUAUUUUUAACACCCGAAAACGGUGUUGAUCCAAAUAAUGAAGAAUCCUUUGAGGACAUUGCAAAGUUAUGGUUUCUGUUUUGCUUAGUAUGGUCUGUUUGCUGUACGGUGGACGAAGAAGGUAGAAGGAAAUUGGAUAAUUUCCUUAGAGAAAAAGAAGGCGUAUUUCCAAUCAAAGAUACAGUCUAUGAAUACUACGUUGAUGUUAAAAAUAAAGCUUACGCUGCAUGGGAAGACAAACUUUCAGCAACUUGGAAAUUCGAACCAAGCAUUGCCUUCUAUAAAAUAGUAGUCCCAACUGUAGAUACCGUACGGUACAAAUAUGUUGUUAAUACCCUACUUUCACAUGGUCACCCUUGCAUGCUGACAGGUCCCGUGGGAGGAGGAAAGACAUCUGUUGCUCAAUCUGUGCUCGCUGGUAUUGAUAACAACAUAUAUUCUGUGCUGAAUAUUAAUAUGUCAGCGCAGACAACAUCGCUAAAUGUACAGGAGACUAUUGAAAGUAGAGUGGAAAAGAGGACAAAGGGAGUCUUCUUUCCCGUAGGUGGGAAAAAAAUGAUAAUAUUUUUGGAUGAUUUUAAUAUGCCAGCUAAAGAAACUUAUGGAUCUCAGCCACCACUGGAGCUUUUGAGACAAUGGAUUGAUUAUAGUUUUUGGUAUGACAGAUUGAAACAGACAAGAAAGUAUAUAAUGAAUUGCUUCUUGUUAGCAGCAAUGGGUCCACCCGGAGGUGGAAGGCAAAUGAUUUCCGAGAGAAUGCUAAGUAAAUUUUGUUCUAUUUACAUGACUUUUCCAUCGGAAGCCCAAAUAGCGCGUAUUUAUGGAACAAUGUUAAGUCAGCAUCUUCAACCGUUUCAUAUAGAAGUUAAAGCUCUUGGGAAAGAAAUUACAGAGACAACCAUUGAACUGUAUAACAACGUUGUGGCUAAGAUGCUGCCAACUCCAGCUAAAAUGCAUUACCUAUUCAAUUUGAGAGACAUCUCUAGAGUUUACCAAGGUCUUUUAAGAGCACACAAUGAAUACACAAAUACUAAACCAGGAAUUCUCCGACUUUGGGUUCAUGAAAGUGUUAGAGUAUUUUAUGAUAGGCUUAUUGAUGACAAGGAUCGCGAUUGGUUCCUUAACCAUAUACAUGAACAAUUAGGAAAACAUUUCGAGAUAACCCUUCAUUCUAUUUGUCCUAACUGGACCAUCCCAACAUUCGGUGAUUUCGUAAACCCUUGGAGAAUUUAUGAAGAUUUGCAAGAUCCAAACAUUGUCCGAAAAUUUAUUGAAGGGCAAAUGGAACAGUACAAUGUGUCACCUGGUGUUGUUCGAAUGGAUUUGGUACUUUUUGCAGAUGCUAUUGACCAUAUUUGCAGAAUUACAAGAGUUAUUUCUCAACCUAGGGGAAAUGUAAUGCUUGUUGGAAUUGGUGGUGGUGGUCGACAGUCGUUGUCGAGGAUUGCUAAUUACAUAUGCGAAUAUAAUACAUUCGAGCUGACCGUUUCAAAAAGCUAUAGAAUACCGGAAUUUAAAGAAGACUUAAAAACACUUUAUUCAGCAACUGGAGGAGACAAUAAACAAACUGGCUUUUUAUUCAAUGACACUCAAGUAAUGGAUGAAGGUUUCCUUGAAAUAAUAAAUAAUAUGUUGAGUACAGGAGAAGUGGCCAAUUUGUACAAAUCAGAUGAAUUUGAAGAAAUAAAAAACAGAAUAGGCAAUGCCGCUGCAAAAGCCGGCGUGCCUUAUACUACUGAAGCUCUCUACACGUUCUUUAUUGAAAGAGUACGAUUAAACAUGCAUGUAAUACUGUGUAUGAGUCCUGUGGGUGAAGCUUUUAGGAACAGGUUAAGAAUGUAUCCAGCCUUAAUAAGCUGCACUACUAUUGAUUGGUUUUGUGACUGGCCCAAGGAGGCUCUUAUAGAAGUGGCUAAUAAAUACAUUGAUGGUGUGGAUUUUGUUGCAACAAUAACUGGAGAAAAACUAGUAAGCUUCCCAAAUAUUUAUAUGAAACUUAUUGAUUCAAGUGAUGUCAGUGAAGAGCAAGAGGAACGGUUUCAUCAGGACAUCAAGGAAAUGGAGAAACGAUACCAAGAAAGAAUGCUAGCUGAAAAACGAGAAGAGAUUGCAUCGCAAGCAAACAAGCUACGUAACGGAUUAUGGAAGAUAGAAGAUUGUAGACAAAAAGUAGAACUAAUGUCUGUAGAGUUGGAAGAGGCUCAAGCAAAAGUUGAAGAAUUUAAGGUGCAGUGCGAUGAAAUGAUCGUUAUAAUUGCCGCUCAGAGAAGAGAGGCCGACGAACAACAGAAGGAAGUUACCAUAAAGAGCAUAAGAAUAGGAGAAGAGGAAAUACAGUGUAAGAAACUUGCGGAUUUAGCGCAGGCCGAUUUAGAUGAGGCUAUGCCAGCAUUGGAUGAAGCUGUUCGGGCUUUAGACGCUCUUAAUAAGAAAGACAUUAGUGAAAUGAAAUCUUAUACGAAACCGCCUGAGAAGGUUAAGCUGGUUAUGGAAGCUGUAAUGAUUUUAAAGCAGGUAGAUACCAGUUGGGAAGAAGCUAAGAGGCAAUUAGGUGACCAAUACUUCUUGCAAGGUCUACGCGAGUUUGAUAAAAAUAAUAUUUCUGAUAAAACUAUGAAGAAAAUACAUCAGUAUACAACGAACCCAGAAUUUGUACCAGAUAAGGUCGGCAUUGUAUCUGUUGCUGCAAAAUCUCUUUGUAUGUGGGUCAUUGCUAUAGAGAAAUAUGCAAAGGUUUGGCGAGUUGUGAGACCCAAAAAGGAAAAGUUAGAUGAAGCUUUAGAAUCGUUGAAGGAGAAGCAGAGAUUGCUAGCAGAGGCUCAAGCAAAAUUGGCUGAAUUAAAUAUGAUGUUACAAAAGCUGCAACGAGAAUAUGAAGAAAAGCUACUCCAAAAGGAGGAGCUGGAUAGAAAGGCUGAAAUGCUUCGACUGAAAUUAGAAAGAGCUGCUAUGUUAGUAGAGAACUUAUCAGGAGAAAAAGAAAGAUGGGAGCAAACUGUAAUUGAUCUAAAAGGCAAAUUUAAUAAUCUACCUGGUGAUUGUCUACUUGGAAUAGCAUUUAUUUCUUACAUGGGGCCAUUUGUAACGAAAUAUCGAGAUGACAUGGUAGAUAGGUGGAAAAAGGAGGUUGAAGAACAAGAAAUUCCAUUUUCCAGUGAUUUUAAUGUAGUAAAUUUCCUAUGUGACCCAACAACGGUACGAGAAUGGAAUAUUCAAGGCCUACCAUCUGAUGCAUUCAGUACAGAAAAUGGAAUCAUUGUAGUCAGAGGUUCUAGAUGGCCUUUAGUAAUUGAUCCUCAAACACAAGCCCAGAAGUGGAUUAAAAACAUGGAAGGCAAGAAUGAUUUACAGGUUAUCGAUUUAAGUACUCCUAGAUUUAUGGGGGUAUUAGAAAAAGCAAUACAAUUUGGGAAACCAGUUCUAUUACAAAAUAUUCUAGAGGAAAUGGACCCAUCACUGAACCCAAUACUCAAUAAAGCCAUUGUGAAGCAAGGUGGAAUGGAUUUAAUUAAACUAGAUGACAAAAUGGUCUCAUAUAACCACAAAUUUAGGCUAUUUAUUACAACUAAGCUUACUAAUCCUCAUUAUCCACCCGAAAUAUCUACCAAAACAUCUCUUAUAAACUUUGCAAUUAAGCAACAGGGCUUAGAAGCUCAACUUUUAGGAAUUGUAGUAAGAAAAGAGAAACCACAACUUGAAAUACAAAAGGAUGAAAUGGUACUAACAAUUGCAAGAGGCAAGAGAGCUUUAAUUGAUUUGGAAAAUGAGUUACUAAGACUUCUUAAUGAGACACGCGGUUCUUUACUUGAAGACGCUGAAUUAUUUAACACACUUCAAGUCUCUAAAGCCACCGCAGUUGCUGUUGUAGAGAGCUUGGCAAUUUCUGAAGAAACAGAAAUUGCUAUUGACUUAGCAAGAGAAGGAUACAGACCUUGCGCCGAAAGAGCCUCCAUCUUAUUUUUCGUUCAGAAUGAUAUGGGAAAAAUUGAUCCUAUGUAUCAGUUUUCAUUGGAUGCCUACACGUUACUUUUCACUCAGUCUAUUGAAAGAAGUUCAAAAUCCAGCAACUUAAACGAUCGCAUUAACUUUUUGAAUGAUUAUCACACUUAUUCAGUUUAUAAAAACACAUGCAGAGCUUUGUUUGAAAGACAUAAACUAUUAUUUUCGUUUCAUAUGUGUGUUAAAAUUUUGGAGGCGUUGAAGAAAAUUGUACCCGCAGAAUACAAUUUCUUGCUUAAGGGUGGUGUUGUGCUUGAUAGAGAAAAUCAAAUAGAUAAUCCAUGCUCUGUAUGGUUAAGUGAAACUGCAUGGGAUAAUAUCACUGAAUUAGAUAAAAUAGCUGGUUUCCAUGGAGUUGUUAACACAUUUGAACAGUUUCCUCGAGACUGGCACGCAUGGUAUAUUCAUUCUGAACCCGAAACGUUGCCUUUAAUAGGUGAAUGGGACGAUCAGUGUAACGAGUUUCAAAAAAUGCUUUUCGUCAGAUCCUUGAGAUCCGAUAGACUGUCCUUUUCCGUAUCAAACUUCAUCAUUAACAAUUUGGACCCUAAAUUUGUGGAACCACCGGUGCUUGAUAUUCGAAGCGUCUUGGAAGAAUCUCUGCCACAGACUCCUUUGAUUUUCGUACUGUCCUCUGGAGUUGAUCCAACAAACUCGCUCAUCCAACUAGCUGAAGCCUUUGAUAUGACACCUUACUUCUUUUCGUUAUCUUUAGGCCAGGGUCAAGCUCCAAUAGCUACAAGAUUAAUACAAAUUGGAUUAAAAGAAGGACAUUGGGUGUUCUUAGCGAAUUGUCACUUGUCGCUAAGUUGGAUGCCAAAAUUGGAUAAGAUUGUAGAAACAAUUCAAUAUGGAAAAAUUCACCCUGACUUUCGCUUAUGGCUUAGCUCAAGUCCUCAUCCUGAUUUUCCUAUAUCAAUCCUCCAAGCGGCUAUAAAGAUGACUACUGAACCGCCGAAGCUGAGCCAUGAUGGUAUGAAAGAGGACUCCCUGGGGUCUCCCCUCCGUCAGACGGAUUGGUCCCAGGAAGCCACCGAUGCGGUGCCUGAGGGUCAACGAGAGACUGCACAACGAACCGGGAGAUCCGAUGCACAGCCCCCUAACCCAGCAUGCGGGCUUGUUCCAUCUGCCACCUCGAGUCCAACACCAAUUGGCGGGGCAGUAAUCGAAGCUAGACUCCUGUGGGCCCCCCGCCGCCCGAGUACCGCCUUCCUGGCUCGCCCGAGCUACGCUUCUCGCAUCUACUCUGCUUUCGCCAUACAGUGUGCAGCCCCCCUAAAGGGUCAGGCUGCCCACCCGAUCCACAUAAUGCCACCGGCAUUUCAUUAUGCUUCACGUCGUAACCCCCUUAAUGGGUCAGGACACUUACUUCGCCUCAGACAUGGGGUAGGGAAGGCAUCUACCCAGAGGACCUCUGACUUUUCGGCGCCUGUCGAGGUUCCCAUGCGAUUGCCACUAUUGGUGUUGGUGGCCGCACCGAGAGAGCCUCACUUUCGACUCGGCAGGCAUUACGGGAGGGAGAGGCGACCCCCGUGUUAUCCUACCUCGUCUGUGCUGGGCUUACGUCGCGUUCGACCGCCAGCUGCCGCGUACUUGCCCCUCGGGGCUUCCGCGGCGCUUUAUGGCACACCAGACGGGUGCUUCCGGACCUUCGCCCGUGUCCGUCGGCUGCUUCCCACAAUCACUUUGCUUCCAGAUGCCCGGGUGUCCUUUUGCUUCGCCACAACAUUAUUUGUCUCAAAUGUGUGUUAUGCCUUUCUUAAAUUUACACCUUUUCUUUUGCCACUAACAUUUACUGAUAUAAGAUUACUUAAGGUUUCAGAAAAGCUUCUAUCUAUAUAUCUGGAUGAAUAUAACCAAACAACGCCAUGGGAUGCAUUGAAGUACCUCAUAGCAGAUAUAAAUUAUGGUGGCCACGUUUCUGAUGAUUGGGAUAGAAGACUUCUUACCACUUACAUCAACCAAUAUUUUUGUGAAGAUGCUUUGAAUGUUCCGUUUUAUAGGCUGUCUUCUCUACCGACAUAUUAUAUUCCCAAGGAUGGUUCCCUACAAUCGUAUCUCAACUACAUAAUUUUAUUGCCAACCACAGAUCGACCAGAAGCUUUUGGUCAAAACAGUAACGCAGAUAUUACUUCAUUAAUUAGUGAAACUAGAAUGAUGUGUGAAACAUUAAUGUCGUUGCAAAUUAGUGGAGCUGCUGGAAGUGAAGGUUCAACAGAAGAAAAGGUAGCACAAAUGGCAGCUGAUAUUUUAUCGAAAGUUCCAAGCCCGAUUAACUAUGAAGACACUGAAAAACUAAUGGGAUAUAAUAAGACUCCAUUAGAUGUAGUACUACUACAAGAAAUCUCAAGGUAUAAUAUCCUGCUUAACGGUAUGAUAAAGUCUCUAGAUGAACUUCAGAAAGGUAUUAAAGGAUUAGUCGUUAUGUCGAUGGAGUUGGAAGAAAUAUUUAUUUGCAUUGACGAAGGUCGCGUACCAUCCUCUUGGAUGAAAGCUUAUCCAUCACUCAAACUGCUUGGAUCAUGGACCAGAGAUCUUGUCGCAAGAGUAGAACAUUUUGCGAAGUGGGCAGAAACAACACACCCCCCUCUUCUUUUCUGGCUGGCUGCCUACACCUUUCCAACUGGAUUUUUGACUGCUGUUCUGCAGACUGCUGCAAGAGCAAUGGAAGUCCCUAUAGAUAUUCUGGGUUGGGAAUUUACUGUUCUCACCGUAGAAGAGAAUGUGAUUGUUGAACCUCCAGAUGCGGGUGUCUAUUGCCGGGGAACGUUCUUAGAAGGAGCAGGUUGGGAUAAGAAAAAUGCCUGCCUAAUUGAUCCAGCGCCAAUGAAACUUGUUUAUCCAAUGCCAGUUAUACUUUUUAAACCAGCAGAAAUCCUUAAGAAGAAAACAAGAGGUUUAUACGUUUGCCCAUGUUAUUAUUACCCGGUAAGAUGUGGAGUUCAGGGUUAUCCAGCUUUUGUUGUAGCUGUCGAUUUAAAAAGCGGAAUGGAAGCAUCCGAUUUUUGGGUGAAAAGAGCAACUGCACUGCUUUUAAGUUUACCUACGUAA